AUGACGGAAAAAAUUAAACCCCGUAUCCGCAAGGAGGCCCCGGAAAGGACAGCAUCUCAACCAAGAAACGAAGGUGAAGUACCAGCCGGGCCCUAUGGAAUGUUCAACCUCGCGGAAAUGUUUAAGGCACUAAAUAUGCCAGAAAAUGCACAGAAUCAGCAAGUGUACGAAAAUCAGCAGUUGAUGACAGAUAUCGGAAAGUUCUUUUUCACGAGUAUGAUGAAGUUCAACCACCUGAUCAACACACACACAAAUACAAGUAAUACGAAUGCCAUAAAUAGCCCAAAUCAAAAAAUGAAAGAAAACGAAAGUAGAACAUAUAAUGGAAAAAGUAGCAGAAAUGCAAGGAACACGAAAAACACGAGGAACGAAGAAAAUCAGACCGUGUCAGAGACGAAUACGGGAGAAGGAAUGGGACUUGGGCAAUAUCGCAAACAAAAUAAAAGUAAGCAAACAAGGCAGACAAACAAUGCAGCACAAACAACAGAUACAACAAAUGAAAGAUUUAACCUCAGGCCUACGACAGGGAAAGUAAACAGAGGAAGAGGAGUACAGGAAAGAGGAGGAAACGAACAAGGAGCCGAGUCACAGAAGAAAUUGACCACGGAAAUAGAGAGGACUCUAGUGGAAAAGGAAAGACAAUACAGAGUUAAGGAAGUGGUGUCAGCAGAGAACAAGGCGACAGCAAGAGAAGAAGGAGAAUACAGCCUCUCGACGGAGCGCGAACACGCGGAGGCGAGCUAUAGCGACUUCCAAGCACCGACGCCGGAAAGCAACGAGAAGCAGAAGCUUAACCUGAACAUAUACCGCUUCAUAAACAACUGCGUCUCAAUCAAGGAGUCGACGACGACGGACACGAUGAUGGAGAGGACGGAAGCAGCCAACAACGUAGCUAGUAGCACGAGCAACCUGAAUACAAUGGCGAGGGCAAACGAAGCGGGCAACGCAAGUGAAAACUACGGCGUUGACACAGGAGAAAACACCCCGGAUAAUUCACCCGCAUACCCAGGGGCGAACGCUGAGGGAAUGGGAGGAACCGCAGGGAGCACGAACGAAGAAACGCUGCUGAUGCUCUGCUUCGGAGGAGACCUGGAGGGAGUGAAGAAGCUGAGAGAAGUAGACCUGGAGUUCGUAGACGAAGUGGGAAGAAGCGCAAUCCACUACGCAUGCACGAGCGGAAACGCGGAACUGGUGAGAUACCUGAUCUCUAGAGAAGUGGAAAUCGACAAAAAGGACGUCAAGGGCUGGACGCCACUAUUCAUAUCAGUAGUUAACAACUACGUGGAGAUAGUGGAGCUGCUGCUGGACGCAGGAGCAGACCUGACGCUGACACUGAGGCACAGGUGCGCACCGACGAGGCUGACAGACGCACACAGUAACGCAAUACACUUCGCAGCAAUCAAAGUUAACAGAAAGAUGACGGAGCUGCUGCUGAGCAGGAACGUAGACGUCAACGAAAAGGAUUCGCAGGGAAUAACGCCGCUGAGCUACAGCUGCACGAAGGGGAACGCGGAAUACGUGGCGUACCUGCUGGAAGCAGGAGCAAACCCGACGAUACAGGACGUCAACGGAAGAACGAGCUACCACUCAGUGGCGCUGGGAGGAAGCCUGGAAAUAGCGAAGCUGCUCUACGAAAAAGCAGGCGCACAGAACACGCAGGACAGAUGGUCGCUGACGCCGGCAAAGCUGGCGCAGAUCAGAGGACACGCAGACAUGGCGGAGUUCCUAGCGCACCCUUCAAGGCACGCCGCAGGAGCAAGAGACACUGCGAGCUCAGACGACUCGGACGACAUGUACGUUCUGCUCUCGACGACUAUAGCAAGCGCACUCAACGAGCCGAACUCGGAUCAAAUCUACAGGUGCCUGACGAGGCUGGGGCCGGACGUGGUGAAGACGCUCUUUGAGCUGACGCUGAAGGUGGAGAAGAGCGGAGGAGUGGCGACGGCGGACGGAAAGAGGCUGAGGACGCCAGGAGGAGUCUUCUUCACGCUCCUGAAGCAAAUGUACCUCAACGACUACAUAACGAAGGAGGACUACCAGUACAUAAGGGCGGCGGAGAAGGAGAGGAUGAAGUCAGUGAGGAGCACGAAGGCGAACAUGAGCGUGACGACGGCGACGAACGCAGUAAACAAGCGCAUCCUGGCCGGUGGAAAUAACAAGUACAGCAAAACUGCAGGAAACAGCAGUUACAGCGGUACUGGCACCAGGAAAACGAACGCCAGCGUUAAUAAGUACGGUGGGACUGCAACAAGGAAAACCAGUACCGUGAGUGUCAGUAACAGCAGGAGAGGAGCAAGUAGUCUGAGCAGAGAAGGAAGGAAAGGUGGACCAAGAACCAACGAUCCAGGAAAUGGCGGAAACAGAGUCAACUUAAACGACAACAGAGCGGAAAGUAACAGAGGCGGAAACGGUACCGUGGUCAGAAACAAAGUAGGCAGCGCAAAUGCCCGUGACAGGAUGCUGGCACUGGUGCUUGCACAUGAAAAGGGGAAAGCAGAAGCACUAACGCAAUCGCAAUACGAGUCAAAGUACCAGACAAAACUAGAAAGAAGGGAAGCGGACGAGGUGGUUGAUCAGCCACUAAGAAGGCUGGCGUUCGGAAGCUGCCAGAGAAGGUACCCAGUGCUGAAGAAAAUGUACGACACAAUAAUCAACUAUAACCCGGAUCUGUUUCUAUUCACAGGAGAUAACUUUUACACAGAAAAGAGCUGUUGUACCAAGGAGUGUAUCUACGAGGCGUACUUAAAAAUGGUAAACCACCCGCCGUUUCAGGAGUUUAAGCGGAAGGUGAAGAGGUUCGACGGAAUAUACGACGACCACGACUACGGCGUCAACGAUGGAGAUGCGACGUUUCCGCACAGAGACUUUGCGCAGCAACUAUUGCUUGACUUUAUGGAUAAGCCGGAAGACCACUACCGGAGAAAGAGAAGGGGGGGCUACUACAGCCAGUCUUACGUGGACCCGAAGGACCCGACCAACCACGUGAAGGUGAUCGUGCUGGACGUGAGGUACCACAGGUCCUGCAUCUACGACUGCAUAUGCAGACUGUGCGACAUCAACGUGUUCGUGCAGAGGUACAUACUGAUCAAGAGGAUGAUUAACUCAAUAUUCGGGAUCGGGUGUGAUCAGCAGGGGGAUGUCCUGGGAGAUGAGCAGUGGAAGUGGUUCGAGUCACAGCUGUUUGAGUCGGAAGCAAGGGCGCACGUGAUAGUGUCGUCGUUCCAAGUGUUCACGAAGUGCGCAAUGGGAGAGAGCUGGGGGCACCUGCCGUUCGCGAAGAAGAGGUUGUUGGACCUGCUGGAGGCAGCACAGCCGAAAAAGCCGAUCUUCCUGUCAGGAGACAUACACUACGGGGAACUGAUAGAAAAAUAUGGCUUCGUCGAGUGGACUUCAAGUAGUCUAACGCACAGCAUACGACCAUAUAACAAAUACACAUUCCUUGUCAUUUUCCCUUUCCUCCUGUUCACGAAGAGAAUAAUAUACCUAUACAACAACUUUGGAGGAAUCGACUUUAACUACAAUAAAGAAAGAGCGUUGUACAACGAUGAGGGGAAAAGAGCCCUCAGCUAUCGCAGCAGAUACGAGAACCUCUACGAGCACGUGCACGAAGAGGACUCGUUCUUCAGAGACUACCAGCUCUUCAAAUGUCUAACAAAAUUCCAAUACGCCUGUAGAAUAUCACUGAUCGUCGCCGUACUUAUGUUCCCAGUACUACUGUUCAAGGCACUUAGGCCGAGAGGCCGAGCGAUGAGGAAGAAAGCAGCUAAAACACGCACUAAACACUAA